AAUGGACUUAGGUGUGAUUAAAGGUUGAGCAUCCAAUUGCUAUUGCUACGACGCAUGUUAAUUGAACGGCUCUCGGAUUUCUUCGAGAACGGAAGCUGGCUGAUUUGCAUUCCACCAGUCGGCUUCGGUCUCUUGAGCAGUGAACGUUUGGUCAGCGUUUUCGGGAUUAAUAACGUAAACUCUUUCAGUCAAGAGACGGUCGUCUGGAAAAUAAAAGGGAAUAUCCGCGACGGAGUCAAAAUGCAAGAUUACGAAAGAAUAUGCCUACUCGUUUCCGUAUUUGCCGCUGUGAGAGAAUUUCGACCGAUUGCACCAUUUCUUACUGCUUUUUUAACAAGCCCUUACGUAAACCUAACCAGCCAAGAGGUGAACCAGGAAGUGUAUCCGCACAGCACGUACUCUUCUUUGACGCAGGUCGUGCUGGUUUUUCUCGUCACCGACUACCUUCGCUACAAACCCAUGAUCGUUCUCGGUAGCAUCGCUGGGUGCAUACUUUAUCUUUUACUUCUGGCUCAUCCGUCGCUUUUGAGGGUUCAGAUUUCUCAAAUUUUUUUCGGACUUUUCUCGACAGCUCACGUUGCGUACUUCUCGUACAUGUACGCCAGGAUUGAAGAUAAAAGUCUUUACCAGGAAGUUACAGGCCACGCCCGUGCCUCGGUACUUGUGGGAAGGUUUCUCAAUGGUUUAGUUGCACAGCUCGGUAUUUCAUCCGGUGCCUUCGACUACAAUGAUCUCUUAUAUCUCAGCGUAGCAGGUACUAUUGUAACUCUUGCAAUAAGUUUACUCUUCCCUCCCGUGAAGCACAGUACUUAUUUUCACAAAAGGAAAUUCGAGCCUGAUCAAAAAAUCGUUGAUGGUGUGAUACAUGCACAUAAUGGCUCCGACUUCAAAGCCACGGAAAAUUCUCCGCAUUCCCACGACAUCAAGGACAGCCUGCACCGAAAAAGUCUAAACAAAACUGCACAGCCCGAAUCCGCCCUCUCUCAUUUGUGGCAUGACUUCAAAGCUGCUUUUUCAAGUCCGAUUGUAAUAAAAUGGUCAUCUUGGUUGGUCUUCGCUAAAGGAUGCCACUUUCUGGUCGUGACUUACAAUCAAAUUUUAUGGCAAACUGUCGCAAAGGAAACGAAAUCCGUCUCUCUGAUGAAUGGAGCAGUUGAAGCUAUUUCAACAAUCAUAAGUGCUGGGGCGGCAUAUUUAGUGGCUAGAAUGUCGAAUGAUUGGCGGAAAGGACACAGUGCAGUCUUGUUUCUCAGUUGUCUUUCCUGCGGUGCUCUGUUAUUUUAUUCAGGAAUAUCAACGAAUUUGUGGCUUGUCUACGUUGCGUACAUAGCCUACGGCUUCAUUUUCCAGUCCACACUCACAAUAGCCGAGUCUCAAGUAGCUCAAAACCUCCUGCCAGAUAGCUACGGACUAGUUUUCGGAUUCCUGAAUUUCCUAGCCAUCAGUUUCACGAGUCUGUUCACGGUUUCCAUCGUUCAGUGCUCAGUUUUCUGCAUUGGUGCGGACGCCCACCAACAGUUUAAGAUGUAUGGCGUAUUUUUCUUAGUGUUGGCUGUGUUCGUCGCAUUGGAAAAUAUAUUGAAUUCUUGUCGACGAAGCCCAAGCAGUGACCUUGCAGUUCAUUCCACAGUCUGAUGAUCUACUUGAAACGACGUUAAUCCUUCUCUUACAUCUCAUCCAUCACCUCACUAAGACGUUUACAUAUAUUUUUUGUUUUAACGAAAAACCUGGUUUUAUUAAGAUUGCAUGGUUUUACUUAGAUUAUAUGGUUUGUUAACCAAUGCCGAAACCAGAUUCCGUCCAACUACUUUACACGUUUUUCUAAUUUUGAUGUAGCGUUUAGUAGUUUUUUAUUUCAAAAAUAAAGAAUUGCAGGAAGUCUGCAACAACGCCGCAAAUCGAGAUACGUGUUUCUGCACCGUCAGUACGCUCUACAGGGUGAUCUAAAAGUCUCGAACCACUAGCACCAGGCUUUACCUCCUCCGUGACAUUUUUAUAAAUUGAGCUAUAGGAACUUGAGGUCCUGUGAAAGCUUCUAAAUGAAAGACAAUACCUCUGGAAAUUCCCGCAACAGUUCACUAAACAUUGUGUUUUUUAUUUAAUAUUCUGAAUGUACCAGGUGAGUAGAUUACAUGUUGAUUUAUUGCGUAUUUUUGGAGCUAAAAUCCCCAACAAGGUCGCUUUUAAAAAGUCCAAACACUUGAAGGAAUUUGAAACGCGCCAAAAUGGCAGGAAAAUUAUGGAUUUCAUGUACUAGGGCAGUCAAAUCGCUAUCGCCCCUCAUUUUUCACAGAUGAUUUUCAAAAUAAAACGUAUUUCAAUGUGAAAUUCUUGCUUUUUAAUAACAGGUGACAUGAAUGAUGUUCGAUUCUUCGAUUCUGAAGAUACAGUUUCGACUUGUCUAUUGUUUUAAUAUACGAGGGGUAUAAAGACAUUUGAAGGAAGUCGUAGAAACCGGUGCUCGCUUCUGAUUGGUGCCUGGAUGACAUCAUGCGGCUCGGCGCGAAACCGGAACGUUUUAAAUUUGCGAAAAAAUCGCGCCUUUUGAACUGCGUAACUCUCUAUUUCUGAGUUACUACUUCGCGUUUUUAGUGUGCGCAUCAUGCUCUACGCGUCAUUUACCUUUGGAAAAUGUAUUCGUAAGUCAAUAUUCGUUUCUGGUUUAGUGACCCAUUCUAAGGGAACCACCCUGAAAAGAGGCAAGAACUCUGGGGGCUAUAGUGGUGGUGCAGGACUUUUAGAUCACCCUGUAUGAUGGUGAAAUCGUGACGACACAGCCUGGGUGAGGAUUCGGGAUGAGAGGCGGGAGUUCCCCCUCCAGUGGCGUGCGGCGUGCUUUGCGAUUUAUCGAUUGAUCUGCCUUUUAAAGCUAUGGAAAAGGAUCGAUAAACAGGGUGUUCGCAACGAGGACCUUAAUAAUCGAUUCCUUCCCACGGCUUCAAAUGGGGAAAUAUCGAAAAUCGAUCAUUCACGCCUCGCUACUGUUCCCCUCUUUCCACACGCGGGUUUAUCGUGGGGUAGGGAAUGAUUCCAUUUCUCAACGCUCCCCUUCUCUCGCCCGCAUUGCUUCAAUAUCUUCACGUCCUGCCACGCAACCCUCCAGUCAGCGCGGCGAAAAACGAUCGGAAAGACACGGCGAAACUUUUAGACAGUCGACAAUAAUAGGUCAAAUGAGAGGUUAUGGUUAAGGAUAGUUUGAAGCGCCUAGUAUGUUUCUUCUGAAAAGAACUGUCACCGGCGAACGAUUGACUUUCACAUGUUUCUGCUCGAAUUUACUGUGAGUGUAUUCUCGUGUGUGUUAAGUGUUGUUAACCUCAAAUAAACCCAAUCUAAAGUAAACA